GGCGAGGUCCUUGCGAUCCGACUGUGGAUGGGUCCGGACUAUGGGGCAGCCCUGGGCGGCGGGGCGAGCCGAGGGGGCUCCCGCGCGGCUGCCGCUCGUGCUCACCGGAUUAUGGGCCGCCGCCGUGGGCCUGGAGCUGGCCUACGUGCUGGUGCUAGGUCCCGGGCCGCCCCCGCUAGGACCCCUGGCCCGGGCCUUGCAGCUCGCGUUGGCUGCUUUCCAGCUGCUUAACCUUGCGGGCAACUUGGGGCUCUUCCUGCGCUCGGACCCCAGCAUCCGGGGCGUGAUGCUGGCCGGCCGCGGCCUGGGCCAGGGCUGGGCUUACUGCUACCAGUGCCAAAGCCAGGUGCCACCGCGCAGUGGGCAUUGCUCUGCCUGUCGGGUCUGCAUCCUGCGUCGGGACCAUCACUGCCGUCUGCUGGGCCGCUGUGUGGGCUUCCGGAACUACCGGCCCUUCCUGUGCCUGCUGCUCCAUGCUGGGGGUGUCCUGCUCCACGUCUCGGUGCUUCUGGGUCCUGCCCUGUCAGCCCUGCUGCGGGCUCACUCAGCCCUCCACACUGCUGCCCUCCUGCUGCUGCCCUGGCUCAUGUUGCUCACAGGCAGAGUAACUCUGGCUCAGUUUGCCCUGGCCUUCGUGGUGGACACGUGCGUGGCAGGUGCACUGCUCUGUGGGGCUGGGCUGCUCUUCCACGGGAUGCUGCUGCUUCGGGGUCAGACCACGUGGGAGUGGGCUCGGGGCCAGCAUUCCCAUGACCUGGGCUUCUGCGCUAACCUGCAAGCAGCCCUGGGGCCCCGCUGGGUCCUCAUUUGGCUCUGGCCUUUCCUGGCCUCCCCAUUGCCUGGGGAUGGGAUCACCUUCCAGACCACAGCUGACUUGAGACUUGCAGCUUCCUGACUCCAGGAGGAGCCAAAACUGCAGGAGGCAGAGGAGAGUGGAGGAGGGGGCGGAUAACUCAUUUCCUGCUCCACCCAGCAGCAGGAGGGAAACCAGCUGGGCCUUGAACACCUGCAGUGGACAGCUCUGAUUCCUUCCUUGGCCUUGCUCCUGCCCGGCUUGGAUGCUUCUGUGUCUAGGGCUCUGGCCUUGUGGCUUUGCCCUUUGGGAAGAGAAGGGUCUAGCAUAGGGGCUGCUCAGCCGGCUUGGCUGCCCCUCUGCCAGGCUAAUAAAGCACCUACCUGGUUCUUGGCUUGGGUUUUUGGGUUUGUUGUCCUAGAUGCUGUUUUUGGUUCCUGUGGUUGUCAAAGAAACCUGAGGGGCCAGAGCCUUGCCCCCCCUCUGACCCAUGUGUUACUGGAUCAGCACUUGAUUGCAACUGCUCUGUAGUAUGAGUCUCAUGGAAUCAUGGGACCUGUGGCAGCAGUUUGGCUGCUGCUUUUGUGAGUGACAAGAAUAUGGGGUAGUAAAUAGAGGAGGCAGGAUUUGCACCCAGAUCUUUGUGCUUUGCACAAAGGUGAGCAGGAGGAAAAGAGGACCAGGCAUGUCCUGAGGAUAGUCAAGCACCUGUGAGAGGUGAUGCUGAGCGGUCGGGGAGGCCGCAUCCCUGGCUCUUUGGGAGCUGUUUAUUCAAUAUUUUAUGGAAAAACAUGAACAGCUAAAUGUAGCAGGCUUCAGAAAAAAAAAAAGACUAGGAAAUAGCAGAAAGCCAAAGAUCCUGACACUCACCAUUUGUGCAACUCAGAGCAGAGAAUCGGAAGUCAAGUUGAUGUGUUUGCAAAGGGAGAGACCCAAAAGCAUGGCAGAUUGCCCCCUAGAGCCAGUAUUUCCAUCAACUUUGGAAUGGGUGGAAAAUCCAUAUAGUUUGCUCUGUGUGCUACCCUCCUGCAGUCACCACCUGGAGUGAGAUGGGGCACAGGGUUAUUUGAAGGAGAAACUGGACCAUUAAGGCUCUGGGUGUCAGGGGUACUAAGGGGGCUGGGGAUGAAGAAGCUGGACCAAAAAUGAAGAUUGCAGAAGUCUGUAAUGUUGUUUGGCUGCCCCAUGAAAUGGCAGGCUUGUCCCCUCCAACCUCCCAGGGGAGCCCAUCUUCCUGACAGGCUCUCAGAGGUCAUUAGGUGUUUUCUCUUCUUUUGUUUUUGUUUUCCAAUUGGUCUGCUCUAUUGCUAUUGCUGUAUGUAAACAAAAAAGACACUAGGAACUUCAUGUGCCUGGCACUGUGUACUGUAUAUAAACACUCCUCUUCUGCAUCAACUUACUUUUUUUUUUUGUCAGUCGUGGGGCUUGAACUCUGGGCCUGAAUGCUGUCCCU